AUGGAGAAGAUGAUCAAGUUUCCACAAAUGGUUGGUGUGGAUGCGAGGGACGAUUUGUAUUCGAUGCUACCGAGUAGUAUCCGAUCGUCGUUGAGGGCUCGAUUGAGAGGGGUUGGGUUUUCGGCGAGUGAUCCGGUGCUGGCCGCAGAAUGGAGGGAGGCUCUGGGGAGAAUCUUGGGGUGGUUGUCUCCAUUGGCACAUAAUAUGAUAAAGUGGCAAAGUGAGAGGAGCUUUGAGCAACAAAACUUGGUGCCUAAAACAAACGUCAUGCUUCUUCAAACUCUGUUUUUUGCAAACAAGGACAAGACUGAAGCUGCCAUAACUGAGCUGCUCGUGGGAUUGAAUUAUAUUUGCAGGUUUGAGAGGGAGAUGACCGCUAAGGCCCUGUUUGAAUGCAACAAUUCCAUUAAUGGGUUGCUCAAUUCGCAGAGUUCGAGCUAG